UGAAAUGCUACCCCUCAGGUAUAACUCUUCACAUUCGUAAUGACAACUGCUGCACGACCCACAUUUGAACCUGCUAGAGGGGGUGGUGGCAGAGGUGAGAAAGAUCUUAGUGCAUUGUCAAAACAGUAUUCAAGUCGAGAUCUUCCAGGACAUACGAAAUUAAAAUACAGGCAAACUGGACAGAACACAUCAGAAGAGUUAAAAAAUAAGGAUUUCCGACGUGAAUUAGAAGAGAAAGAAAGAAUUGCCUCUCAUGAGAGGGAAGGAAAAAGAGCCUCCAGAGCAGAUACUACUAGUAGUAGUAGUUCAUCAAAAAAAUCAAGAUUAGAUCAACUUCCUGCUGCUAAUUUGGAUGCUGAUGAUCCAGUUGAUGAUGACGAUGAAAGCGAAGAUAGUGAUGAAGAUGAUACUGCUGAACUUAUGGCUGAGUUGAACCAAAUCAAGAAAGAGCGAGCUCAAGAAGAAGCUAGAAGGGAAGCAGAGAGGAAAGCACAAGAAGAAAAAAUUAGGACUGAGAAUAUUUUGAGUGGGAAUCCUUUACUGAAUAACAAACCUGCUGAAUUCAAAGUAAAGAGAAGAUGGGAUGAUGAUGUUGUGUUUAAAAAUUGUGCAGUUGAAGAACCAGAUCGCAAGGAAAAACCUUUUAUCAAUGACACACUGCGGUCUAGCUUUCAUAAAAAGUUCAUGGAGAAAUAUGUGAAAUGAAAUCAUUUUAUAUUAAAUUUCUUUUGUAAAUUGAAGAUAUUGUUUGAUUACAUCUUGACCUUUUUUUGUAUAUUAUUUUUCCUUUUUAUUAUAGAGUGACAUUUAUCACAAUGAAACUAUUAUGGAGCAUGCUUUUAUAUCUGUAUUGCAAUGUUUAAGGUGUUUUAUGCACUUCUUGCAUCGCAAAACUUCAUGCCUUCUUGUAUAUAAAAAUAAUUUUUUCCAAUGAGAGUGGUUCUUAAGAUAAUUACAUGGUUAUAUGUAUUAAUUUGAUAUUGUAUAAUGCUUUGCAAAACAGGAACCUUAUAUAAUCUUGCAUAUUUUUUCAUUGCUAAAAUUUUAAUAUGUUAAAAUUUAUCUAACUUUUAAAUAUUACAGUAUUUUCAGUUUUAAAUUUUACAAUUUCUUGUUUUAUUUAUUUAUUUAUUAUUAUUAUCAUUUUUUUGAAGCUACAUUUAACGUCUUGUGUCCUGAAGUGUUAGUUUACAAAAUAAAUAUAUGUUAGCAUUAUGGUUGGUUUUUAUAUUAUAAUAUAGAAAUGAUAUGAAAAGGGUAUUGGAGAUCAUCUGAAUAAAAUAAUGCUUAAAUGUUUAUCUUUCAUAUAAAUCACAUUCCUGCAAGAGGAGAUGCAAUGCAUUAAAAAAAAAAGUUUUUGUCCCAGUUAUUAGUUCUUUCUAAGUUUUGUAUGCAUAUACGAACUAGUGAUAGAAAAUAAAAAUAUUGGGCAAAUA